UUGGUCUUCUGCAGGAAUGUCACAAAUUCCAUUAUCAGCUGUCCAGUCACACAUUCCAAGCCAUUCGAGAUCGAGAACAGCUCAAGUCGAAAUCUGGGGUUGGAAGCGCUAUUCCCAAUUUGGCCUUGUUUGCCGUCUGGACCAGCUUGGCUUGGCCGCUGCUCCGCUCGUGCCCGUUGCCCUGUGCGCUCGGGGGCGGGUGGAUCUCUCCACACAGGGGAACGGUACGCAUUCACCUGCCCACGACACGACAACACUGUAUUGAUACGUUCGCGUCGAGAACGGGCACUUUGGCACGCCUCCUGCCAUCGUUUGAAUCAUCCGUCCAUCAUCGUUGUCCCUCCUGAGUUGUUACUUUAAGUAAUAGGCGCCAUCAGCAGCAUCAAAACUUGUAUUAGUGCACCGGGCUAUUCAAGCUUCCCGAAACUCAAUUACAAACGGCGCAUAGAAAGCCAGGCCCCAGCCAGUCCCAUCGACAACGCGAGCCACCGAUACACUCGUCGAGAAAUAUUUGUGUUUCCGUUCAGUCAACUUCACAACUUCGGGCUGUUGGCGGGGCAUCUCCAAACGAGAGGAUACCAGCAGGGGUAUCCUGCCGGGCGAUGAGAGUUGCUCGCUUGGCCUGAAGGAGGCUCCGUCAGCCAUGGACACCCCAAUCGAAGCACCCAGCGGAACACCUCAAGGAAAUUCUACUCAAGUUGUUACCAACUAUAUUAGAGAGAAGGACCAAGAGCGCAAUGUUACCCCCAGACAGGAUAGACCCCUCACCUUGCUCGAACUUCCAGUCGAUAUUUUGCAGCUGAUCGUUAAGGAGAUCACUCAUACAAACGAUCUGACAGCACUUGCCUUGACGAACUCGGCUCUACACGGGCUUGCUACACCUCUGAUAUACUCACGGUUCGACAUUGUUUGGCCAGAUGGACACAUCACGGCAACAGAAUCCAAGAGCGUGGACGCCUUGACCUACGGACUCAAGACGUUGUGUCUCGGAAGCGCUUUUGCUCGCACCAUGCGCAGAGAAUUUCCACGAAAUGUGCGUCAACUUGCUAAGUUCAAGGGUAACGAGUAUGCACAAUACAUCAAGAAGUUCUCGCUGGGCAACGGGCCGGCCGACUGGGUUUCUGAGUACAUGAUCAGUAAAGAGAGUGGAACAAUGCUUGGGACCAUGGUGGCACUCGCGAUCGCCAAAAUGAAAAACCUCGAGACGUUCAUAUGGGACAUGCCCACCGGUGUGCUGUCCGACAUCUUCAUGGCGCUGGCAUCCUUGGCUGAGCAGCCCGACAGAGACUGUAAGCUCAGCAGGGUCUGGGUCCGCUGGCAUGACAACUCGGAGCAGUCCGGCAACUCUGCUUCUCAGAACGGAAAUCCAGUGGCAGCUACAACUGCACUUGUUCCCCAAGGGAGCCAUGUCACAACUGUGGGAAUAAUGCUUCCAGAGAACGCCGCCCACCCUUCACCUCGGCCUCCAGUCUCUUACGCGAAUUACCACUGUGAAUACCCAACUUUUAGCGUCUUGCCUCCACUCACGAGCUUGACCGUGCUGGACAUUGACGAAGUGGCCUACCUGGACGAGAUGGCCAUACUUAUAGAGCGCUCCAAGGAUACGCUUCAAGAACUCCGCGUGGGUAUCUCAGUAAAUGCGGUACACAAGGACUUUGCUCAGGCUUGGGAUGGGCCUGGCUUACGACAAGUGGACCACAAAGCCCAGUUUCCAGGAGGCAGCACAAUUGGCGAGAGGCGUCUAGGGGGCGUUAUCGGUGUCCUGGUUGGGAAGAUCUACGACAUCAGGCAACACCGCUCUUUAAGAGGCAAGAUGAAGCUCGUAGCCGUUGCUGGUUCUGCCACAGAGAACAGCGCUUCGCCAACCACACCAGUCUCGACAGCCUCCUCACAGUCACCAUUAACUGGGAACUCCUCACCCAAUAGCGCUUCCGGGCCAUCGCAGACUCAGCAGUUCGAAGACGAUACUGCUGCGGACAAAGGACAGCCAAAUGCCUCUGACAAGAAGAAAGAUGGGUUGAAAGGUGGCAGGGGUAGUAAGCCGAUAGCUGUCCCUAAGAAGGUUCUGGACGGCAAACUCAAACUACAGACCCUUGAGCUCGAGCGAGUGACACUAUCACUGCAUGUCUGCAGGCAGGCGUUAGAUUGGACGGUGUUGACAAAUCUGACGCUCCUCGACUGUGCCCAGCACGAGAACCUAUGGAAGAUGCUACGCAAGAAUUUUCAGCCGACAUCUCUCAACAACGGAAUCAGCCUCUCUCCCAACGGGUCCAGGAUUGCAGCAUCAAACGCACCCUUGCAGUACCAUCUCGCCCUCAAGUCUAUUCAUACAGACGCUACUACCUUGGCUCUGGUCAACUUCAUCAGAGAGACCCUUGCGCCUAACACCCUUGAAGUCUUGUUCUUGCAAGAUCGCAGACGAAGUUCCAGCCCCCCAAUUCCGCUGGCUGAAGUCUUCAAAGGUUGUCUGAGAAGACAUCCACAAAGCCUGCGGAAACUCCUGCUGGAUAGCUCUGCCAACCCCCCUGCCAACCCCAAUGCUGCUAAUAACGACAACACCAGGUGGAGGAGUUGGGCUCUAAGUACGGAGGUUGUACAGUACCUCACCAGCGGACGCAUGGUCAAUCUGAGGGAGUUGGCCGUGUCGUUGGAAUACAAGGACUGGCACACCUUCCUACAACGCCUCUUCAACCUUCAGCAGCUGCGUUCUCUUAACAUUGCUCACGUGGCAGACUACCCAGGGGGGAAACUCGAACCGCGAGAGCUCGCCCAUCAGAUUGCAGACAUUAUUACCCUGAGACUCGAAAUUCGGCUUUGCUACGUUGGUAUCGGUAGUAAAUGCUUUGAAAUGCUUGAAUCCCGCGACACAGGUUCAUCAAGCGCAGCAGACUCCAGUGGUGGAACAACCACGCCGGAUGUUUCGGCUCCUCCAGCAACAGCGAAUCCCUUCACUGGGCAGAUGAACGGCAUAUUUUCCAAUAAUGGCUUCAACAACAUCAACGCCGGUGCAACGUCAGCCAAUGGGGUUGAUUUGGGGGAUGCGGAGGAUACAUCGGAAGACGAGAAUGACCACCAGUCGGACAACUCGGAUGAGCACUCUGAGAAUGACGAAGACGAAGGGGAGCUCGAGGAAGAAGAUGAAGACGACGACAACACUCCUACCACGGCGACUAGCGAUCCCGAGGAGACACAAAGUGAGGAUGACGGGGAUGAGGAUGAUGACCAGACCACAGGGACUGGGAUAGGAGGCACCACGGCUGGGACGAACAGCAAUAACGCCAACAACAACAACAACAACAACAACAACAACAACAACAACAGUGCGGACUUGGUCGAUGAGUAUGACGACGGCUGGGUCGAGCCAGGGGCUAAUUCGGUGAAGCUACGGCUGAGGGAGAUCUUGUUCUAUGAUGACAAGGUUGCUAUCUUCAAGGCUAGGCAUGGAAAGUUGUAG